AUGGACUUUGGUGACUUUAGACAGACCCUGCCUGUGAUUACUAGAGGCACAUCAGUGGAUAAAAUAAAUGCCUGUUUGAAAGCAUUUAUGUUAUGGAGUUACGUGGAAAAGUUAUGUCAUACUACAAAAUAUAUGCGAGUACAACUGCACAAUAAUGCACAAUCAGGGAAAUAUGAGGCUGCUCUUCUAAAAAUUGGAGAAGAACGUACGGCAUGA